CGUGGACGGCAGGAAAAGCCGCUAUAAACAACAAUAAUAAUAAUGAAUAUCGAUUCGCUGAAAAAUGAGUGGGAGGAGCUCAACAAGGAGUAUGCCGAACUGGAGAGCUGCAACAGGCGGUACAUUGAGCUGCUGGAACAGCUGCACAGCCACCAACAAAUAUGCUUCAACGAGAUCAAGCAUCAGCGGUAUCGCAUGAACCAGAUUACAGCAUCUCUGCGACAGUCUAAGGGUCCCAUUCCUGCGGAGGACAAAGAGAAGGUCGAUGAACUGCAAAAGAUGACCUUGAAGCGCAAGGCGCAACUCCAUGAGAUAGAGCAAUCCUUGCCAGCAAAAUCCGGCCGAUACUUGCAGAUUAUCUUGGGCGAUGUGAAUGUCUCGAUUCUGAACAGAAACGACAAAGUUCGCUAUAAAGAUGACUAUGAAAAGUUUAAAUUAAUACUCAACGUAAUUGGACUGAUAAUGGCCUUCUUCAAUUUGAUAUUCAACUACAGAGCCCUGGAGCUGGCCUUCAUAUUCCUGCUGGUAUGGUACUAUUGUACCCUAACGAUCCGCGAGUCCAUCCUGAAGGUGAACGGUUCCAGGAUUAAGGGCUGGUGGCGUGCCCAUCACUUCAUCUCGACGGUGGCCGCCGGUGUGCUUCUGGUUUGGCCACAAGGCGAGCAUUGGCAGAUCUUCCGGAUGCAGUUCAUGUACUUUAAUGUCUACAUCAGCAUCGUCCAAUACCUGCAGUUCGGUUACCAAAAAGGUCUCCUCUACCGUCUAAAGGCCCUUGGGGAGCGUCACAACAUGGACAUCACCAUUGAGGGCUUCCACUCAUGGAUGUGGCGUGGACUAAGCUUCCUGCUGCCUUUCCUGUUCAUUGGCUAUGGAUUCCAGGCAUACAAUGCCUGGACACUCUACAAGCUGGCCAAUAGCCCGGAGGCACCAUGGCAUGUGUCCGUGAUGGCCGGCCUGUUCCUUUUGCUGUUCGUCGGGAAUAUGGCCACCACCUUGUGGGUGGUGCCCGAGAAGAUCCGGGAGAGGGCCAAGGAGCGUUAUCGCCUGCAGAGCAUGGGCAAGUCAAUGAAGCUGCGACAGGAGAUGAAGAACAGUGCCAGUGAUUUGGAUCUGUCGAGUGGCACCAAACUCUCACCGACAACUUCCACUGCGACGGCAACGCAAACGCAAACGCAAACUCAAACUCAAACGCCCGCCGAGAAAAAGGAAAUUUAAACAAUUUAAAACGAUAUGAAUCGUUUUGUUUAUUGCCAGGCAUUUCAAUUAUACAUAUUUACAUAU